AUGUCACACUUCUUCUACUUGACUCCACAAAUUCUUCUGCCCUUUAGCUCUCUUACUUCUCAAGAGUUUGAUCUGAUCCGACUGAAGGCUGGAGCAUCUUGGCAGAAUGAAACAAGGUGGUCAGAUUCGUCUGUAACAACAUACGCAGGCAGUUACUGGAAAAAGCAGCUGGAUGAUUCCACGUGCGGCCGACUUCAAGCAGGACAGCACUGGCCUGAGUGUAACCAGAUGUCAUUGACAAACUGCUUUGCCCGCAGGGCUGGUCUCCAAGAGACCACAGAUGUUAAAGCUAAGUGCAACAUGAUCAGUUCUGAGCACAGCCCUUUGACCAAGUUUGCUGUCUUGAUAACUUAUGUGAGAAUUAAAAAGCCAGCAUCUGAGAACCUGAUGAAGUACAGUCGACUAAGGAGAGAGUUCCUGAAGCAUAGUUGUACUGAUGCCAAGCAAUUCCGCUGCCAGUGUCCGCAGCUGUUCCGGGGAACAGUUGCCUGUCUCUUCGAGCUUCGGGGACCAUGUAAUUCUACAAACAAGACUAGCUCAUCUGAAGACUCAGAAGCUGAUCAAUACUCCGUUUACAGUCUGGGAGGACCGUUCUCAUCAUUUAGCUGA